UAUCUCCGCCCCGCUGGGUGCAUAAGUUCGACGGCCUGCUCCAGCUGGUCAAGGGCAUCGACCGCCUCGAGGUGAGCGUACCGAUCAUCAAGGAACAACCGCAGGAGAUCCACAACCAGGCAAAGUCUAAGGUCUCGGCAUGGUCAAAACCCUAUGCCGAGAAGGUGUACGAACUGCAACAGGCCUUCCAGCAGAAGGCAGCCUCCCUGAAAAGACUGGCCGAGCGUCUUCUGGACUACUACUGCCCGAAGUGCGAAGGCGACGAUGAGAUAACGCUCUCAUCUCGGUUUAAGGAAGAUCCACCCUGCACACCGUUCAGACGCCUCUCCAACAAAGUUGCCCGCCGCGUCUACCGCACCGUGUCCAAGCAGGUGAAAACCCUCCGCAAGGAAGAUGUCAAGGAAUACGUCGUCACGUUGAUUGCCGUCCUCCGCCUGACCCAGUACUCAACUUCCUGA